UUUUUAAUUCAAUACAUCAUCAUAUCCAUGGUGUGGGCUCACCUCAUCUCACUCCUCCGGCUUGAAUCCAACUGCGACGUCUUGAUAAAAACAAAGUGUCUGUAUGUCGAGAGAAGAACCAAAGUUAGACUCAGACGGUCCUCCUGAGUUUGUCGCUGCUAUUGAUACAGGUACGUUUAGGUCAACUCGUUGUAUUCUGUUUGACAAAUAUGGUACCCCAACACUCAUGCAUCAGGUUGAAUAUCCUCAGCAUUAUCCAUAUCCAGGAUGGCACGAACAGGAUCCACUCGACCUUCUAGAAUCUGUAUAUAUCGUCAUGGACUGUAUAGCAGAUAAAAUGGAAGCUGCAGGUAUUCCAUUCGACGCUGUUAAAGCUUUCGGUAUCACCAAUCAACGUGAGACAACACUCGUAUGGGAUCGUAAGACCGGACAACCACUUUAUAAUGCUAUUGUUUGGGAUGAUUCCCGUACGAAUACGAUGAUCAAAGAAUUGUCAGGUGAAGAAGGCCCUGAUAUUCUUAAAGACAAAACCGGUAUGCCUCUUACGACAUAUUUCUCUGGUUUAAAGUUGAAAUGGCUGGUUGAAAACGUAGACGAUGUCAAAAUUGCAAUGGAGGAAGACAGACUCUGCUUUGGUACGAUAGAUAGUUGGUACCUCUACAACCUUACAGGCGGACCUGGUAAAGGUCUUCAUUAUAUCGAUAUCAGUAAUGCUUCAAGAACACUCCUUUUCAAUUUGCGUACUUGCGAUUGGGACAACUCAUUGUUAGACUUCUUCGGAUUAAAGUCUUCUAUUUUACCUGAAAUCAGAUCAUCGUCUGAAGUUUACGGUAAAAUUGAUCACGGACCGUUCGUCGACACACCUAUCUCUGGUAUGCUUGGUGAUCAACAAGCUGCCCUUGUUGGUCAAAAGUGUUUAAGAGCAGGUGAAGCAAAGAAUACAUACGGUACUGGUGCUUUCUUGCUUUUCAAUACAGGUGAAGAAGUGAAAUACAGUAAGAACGGUUUGAUUAGCACGGUUGCAUACAAAGCUGGUCCUGACUGUCCAACUCACUUUGCACUAGAAGGUUCAGUUUCUGUCGCUGGUGCUGCUAUUACUUGGUUACGUGAUAAUAUGGCACUCAUCGACAGCGCUUCAGAGAUUGGUGAAUUGGCUGCACAAGUACAUGACACAGGUGGCGUUUACUUUGUAACUGCAUUUGGUGGUCUUUUUGCACCAUAUUGGGAUAGCACUGCUACUGGUACCUUGAUAGGUAUGACCGGUUAUACCACAAAGGCCCAUGUCGCUAGAGCCACACUUGAAGCCGCUUGCUUCCAAACAAGAGCUAUCCUUGAAGCUAUGAACGCUGAUUCAGGUGUUAAUAUCCAUAUUCUUAGAGUUGAUGGUGGUAUGACAAACUCAGACUUAGCUAUGCAAAUACAAUCUGAUAUCUUAGGUGUUGAGGUCGAACGUCCAACUAUGAGAGAAUCCACCGCAUUAGGAUCUGCAAUUAUGGCUGGUUCUGCACUCAAUCUUUGGGGAUGGGAUGUAACAAAACCAGAAACCUUGGAGAAAGUAAACACAGCCGGUAACGUAUUUUUCGCACCACAUGAUGAUACGAAAUUACGAACAAGGGUUUACAGACUCUGGAACAGGGCUGUUGAGAGAGCUUCUAAAUGGAAUACGAUAGAUUUUGUUCAAGAAGAAGUCGAAGCUGAAUUAGAAGAAAAGCUGAAGAUUGAAAAAGGUGAUGAUAAUGAGAAAAAGAACGAAUCUAGGCAGUAAAAUAAAUAGCUAAUUGAACACUGAUUGAACACUCUAUCCUAACUGACUUAACACCAAACGAACCCAUGUAGAAAUCCCGCAAACAAACGUUAACAUUACUAUAACAACUUGAAAUGAAUGCAUUUAAUUUUU